CAUAUUUUCAUGGUAGGCAUAGUUUCAGUGUAAACGACUUCAGGUUUUUACAGUCACGCAGUUGGACUCAAUAAACGCCGAAAAAUUCAAAAAUGGCGAGUGCUUUGGGAGUGAGUGACCACCAUCAGGAAUCGCUGGUGAACUACAUGAGGUUCAAUCGCUACAAACGCAACCAGAAUCUACGUGGUGUUGAAGGUUGCUUUCAGGAUCUCAAAGACAGCAGGUUGACCGAAGACACUUUUACUGCUGAUGAAGUGGUUGAGAUGCUUGAUGGUCUUGAGGCUGUAGUCCGAGGUGAAGUGGAGUCUGAACUUAUUAACACAGCCCACACCAAUGUCUUAUUACUUCGUCAGCUGUUCCAACAGGCAGAGAAAUGGCAUCUCAAGCUCAUGGCUGAUAUAUCUGAACUGGAAAAUCGGGAACUGAUAGAAAUGAUUGCAGACUUUGAAGAGAGUCAGUUUUCCGGAAAGUCAGUGACGAGCAAGCCGACCUUUGAGAUGAAGCGUCUUGACCCUAUGGCUGGAGAAGGAGAGCAACUUCUCCAUGCUGAGAUUGCAAGACUCAAUGAGGAGAAUAACAAACUCAAGGAACGUCUCAAGAUGGUUGAGACACAGGCAACAGCAGCCUUGGCAGAUCGUUCUCGUCUACAAGCUGAUCUACACAACACUCAGGAUGAAUUGGGUAAUAUGAAAUCAAGGCAGCCAAUGAAGAACACUAGUGGUCUCAGCGAUCUGGAACAUCAGAUGUCCACCGUCAAAUCAGAAAUGGAGAAGAAUCUCAAGUUGAGUUCACAGAAAGCGGACGGUCUAGAAGGAGAUUUGACGCAAACUAAACACAAACUCUUGGAGAUGAAGGCUCAAUUGGAGAUGACAGAAAAGGAAUUAGAGAAGAAGUUCAGCCAGACCGGCGCCUACAAGAAUCUUAAGUCCAUGCUGUCAAAGAAGAACGAUCAGCUGAAAGACCUAAGAUCCCGACUACGGCAAUACGAACCAGAUAACUAAGAGCCACUCAGACAGUACCUGGACCCACUGUUCCUCUACAGACCUAGCUCCCAGUUUCAGCUCAGCCUCCUCGCCGCCCCCCCCCCCCCCCCCAAUGUGUGGUAAAUCUAAAUUUAGGGGGUAUUUAUGUUUUUAAGCAUCAGUGAAUAGGCAUUGUGGGAAGUACUAGCUAGAGUCUAAAACUGUUUGUGUGUGGCAGCUGGGCCCACUUUCAUAGAGCUACUUAAGUAACUGAAUAUGCUAAGCAGAAUUGAGUAGGAUUCCAGUCACCUGACGCUGUAUUUUGGCUGCAUGGUAUCCUUGUUCUGGUUAGCAUACCUUUAUUUUGCUUAGCUUUUGUGCUCUAUGAAAAUGAGAUGUGGCAAAUAAUAUUGAUUUCAUGCUGGUGUGUUUGUUAUUGACUAAAACACAAACAACUCCAAAACACAAACAAAUAACUAACAAUAACAAUGACUAAUUAUCAUCUCUUUGUAAUAGCGUAAUGGUUUUCAAAGCCUGUGCAAUCUAGGACAGCAAUCUUCACUGUUACUCCACUGAUUUAAGUAUUCCAGAUUUCAUCAGUAGUUUUCAGAUGCAGAUCAAAGUAAACUGUGGUUUGUGAAUCGUUUAAUAAGGUGAAAGAUCAGUACAUGUAUUUAGGGAUGUAAACAAUUGUAUCAUUUAUGAAAGUUAUUCUUAAGAUUAUGUGUGUAGAUGGCUAGUUAAAUUUAAAAACUGAUAUUUUAUAAAGGUCAUCGUGUGAGAUAGUACAGCAGGGUGUCCACAGUACAAAUAAUUUGCAAAAAAAGACCAGGAUUCCAGUCAAACAUAGUUGAUGUGACAUUGUGUAUAUUGUGGCUUGUAUCUAUAUUAAGCAUAUUAUUUUAGUGUGCUUAUAGCUACUUUACUAGCAACUCUAUGAGAUUGGGCCCAGGUGGUCCAAUUUUGAAAAACAAUAUUUGUCAAUACCUAGAUUUUGUACAUAUUAAACCAGACACAAGUUUUCAAAGUUUAAAAGGUUUUUUUUUUACUCACACUACAUGAAAGUUGCAGACCUGAAAAAAUAGCCUACCUUUUAAGGUUUGGCUCUGUUCUGAAUUCCAACUCUGUCUUUACUGUUUUACAAAAGGAUUACACAGUUUUCAAUUAUACCUUAUGUUCUUAUAUCAGUAAUUGGAAAAAAGAUGUUCCUGGAAAAAAGUCUGAUUUAUGACAUAUGUAUUUCCCAUAGAGAAGGUGCAUAUUAAUUUGGUUUAAAUCAAUACUUCAAAAAGAAGUGAUGUGCUUUCCCCGUUAUUUUGUUUAUUUCCUAGAAUAUUUAUAAACUAUUACAUGUAUUCGGCAGGAAGAUAAUUUAUUUAGAUUUACAAUUGAUAAAACCUCCUUCUUCAGUUUUCUCACCAUUUUGAACCAUCGACUGAGAAGCGGUUGAGCAGUGUAUGGUGGAAAUUGAGCAGUGUAUGGUGGAAAACUGUGCAUUACUGGUAUAAUAAUAUAAUAACUGGAUUUACAUAGCGCCAAAUUCCCAAAGGUAUGUGAACUGUGUGGGUAUAAUUGGCAUGUUAUUAUGGGUUAGCAUAAUGAUCUAGUACCAUUUCUAACAAAAGUUAAUUAAUUAAAUGGUCAGAGAGUUGGAGUAUUUGACUGUGCGGUGUGUAGAUGUAUACUCUACUCAAUAUUCCAGGCUAGCAUAGAUUAUCUAUUCACAAUCCAUAGUGGAUGAUAUUGAAGGGUCAAACUGAAGGAGGGUUAAUGUUUUUGCUGUUAUAAAUAGUUGUAAAAUUACGGUUGGAUGGGUUUUAGUCUUUGUAUUCUUGUUGCCUAAGCUUAUAUCAUGUAUAGGUACCAAGGUCAUUCAAACUUAAUUAAAGAUCACCAUUUAAAGAAA